UGAACGGCAGCCGUGGAGAGCGAGCGAGCGAGCGAGGGAGAGAUAAACACAGAGAGUAGAGGAGAGAGAAAGAGAAGGAGAAAGAAAAAGCAAGAAAACAAAGAGUCGGGAAAAGGAAGAAGGAGGUACAAAAGUCGAUAAAAGCAGAUAGAGAGGAAGCUCCGGACAAGCGAGGGCUGCGCAUCAAAGGAGGGACCUUACUGGGGACCUUAUUGGAGACCAGCGACAGCAAAACCGGACUCCGGAGGCGGAAUAUAACGGUGACACUCCAGAGCUCCUCGGCCCCUCCUGAGGAUUCAGCGAGACAGGCGGAUCUGCGCACCCAACCAUGGCCUUCCCAUCAGCCCCCUCUGCAUUAUGGAGUGUCAGCUUAUUGACAGUACUAUUCGCAGCUGCAGUUCACAGCAACAUUGUCUACGAUGACGACCCCUUGCAGCCGGUGACCCAAGAUGAAACAGUGUCCGCAGGGGGCACGGUGAUCCUGACCUGCCGGGUGGCAGAGAGCGACAACUCCUCGCUGCAAUGGUCCAACACCGCGCAGCAGACCCUGUACUUCGGAGAGAAGAGAGCGCUGAGAGAUAACCGCAUCCAGCUGCACCGCUCCACAUCCACCGAGCUCUCCAUCACCAUUGGAGAUGUGCAGCUGUCCGAUGAGGGCGAAUACACCUGCUCCAUCUUCACCAUGCCGGUCCGCACCGCCCGAGCCACCGUCACCGUGCUAGGUGUGCCCGGUAAACCUCAGAUCACAGGCUUUGACGAAGCGGUGCCCGAGGGGGGCAAAGUCACCCUGACCUGCACCAGCACUGGCAGCAAACCCCCCGCCACGCUGCGCUGGUACAAAGGAGAUCUGGAAGUGGAAGGACGCCCAGACGUGGUGGAGGCCGUUCCAGAUGAUCCCACAUACAACGUGAGCAGCGAGCUCAGCAUGGUGGUGAGCCGCGACGACGACAACACCCACGUCACCUGCGCCGUCGACCAUCCCUCUCUGGCCCCGGGGGACAAGAGGAGCGAGCAGGUUCUGCGGGUGCUGUACUCCCCUAACGUGCUGAUCGUGGCUGAGAGCAAUCUACCCAGAGAGGGAGAGAAGUUUCAUCUCCAGUGUUUGGGCAACGGCAACCCAGAGCCCACCUCCUACAUGUGGGAGAAGAAGGAUGGAGAGCUCCCCCCGCUGGCCAAAGCAGACGGUGCUUACUUGCGCUUCGAGAUGCUCAACAAAUCAGAUAAUGGCGACUACCUCUGCAACGCUGACAACGGCAUCGGAAACAGCCGGGGGGAGUACAAACUCCUGGUGCAAGAUGCUGCAGACAACAAUGCAGACCCCACAGCCAUGUCGACCUCUUCGAAUGUUGACCACGCCGUGAUCGGAGGGGUGGUGGCCGUAAUCGUUUUCAUCCUGCUCUGCCUCCUCAUCGUCCUUGGCAGAUACCUCAUCAGACACAAAGGAACGUACCUGACCCACGAGGCCAAGGGCUCAGACGACGCCCCGGACGCGGACACGGCCAUCAUCAACGCAGAGGGAGGCCACUCCGGCGCAGAGGACAAGAAGGAGUACUUCAUCUAGACAGAGGACGGAGCGGUGGAGGGAAAAAAGAAGGAGGGAAAAGAUGGAGGACGUAGAGGAGGGGAGGAGCGAAGGGAAAUAAAAAAAACCUCCAUUUGAUUUCACGACGCUUCAGUUCUUCACUCGGGCGGAGGGGUGACGGGAGGGAAGGGGAGGGAAAGAACUGUGGGCAGGAUCGAGCGAUGAGACGAGCUUCAACUGGUACUACCCUCUUUGCAUUGAUACAGGGAAGUGAGAUUUGCACUGACGUAUGGACGAACUGAAGUCACACACUCCAACACACACACACACACACACACACACACACACACAAACACACACACGAGUCGGUUUUGGGAGAAAAUCUUCUCACAGACUUGAGCCUCCUACUAACAUGUCUGAAUGAAACAUUGACACAUUUGCACACAUGCAUCCGACCCCAUUUCUAACAUGUCAGCGCCUUGAAAAAGCAAAAUUGUAACUCACAUUCCGGUUUCCUGAGCUGAUAUUUCACUUUCCACGCCACCUCCUCAACAUUUAAACCCCAAACCAGCUCUGUCUUUUCACAUUUGUGUCCUCAUUCCCUCCAUCUAACAAGGCAGUAUCCCUCUGUAAACAUCCCAGCGGCAGAGAAAUCCAUCCAAAGCAUAUUAUGACUGACAAACAUAAUCUCCCUCCCUCUCGCAGUUUAAUCUUUUUAUACCAUCAAACCUCUUUCCCGCGUCCUCGCAAUCCCUGAUACGAGCCGUCGAAUUUCCCACAGCGCAGCAACCAUACAACAUGCAACACCAAAAUAGCAUUCCCGCCUUGCGCUACCAAGCUGAGGGGCUCCAGUAUACAUAUAUAAAUAUAUAUAUAUAGAAUUAUAUAGCAUUCUUUUUACUUGACAGAAGAUGUUUGGUGUGCUGUAAAUACACAAUCUCUCUCUCUCUCUCUCUCUCUCUCUCUCUCUCUCUCUCUCUCUCUCUACAUCUCCCUCUCUCCUGUAUCUCUCACAGUCUGUUACUGCAGUACAGUAACUUAUAUACUCGAAAAAGACAAAAAAAUAAAGCCUGCCUGUUUUUAUUACAUGCGUGGAAAUGCAGAGUUGAAACUAUCAAUAUCUGGGGAAAAAAUAUACAAUACCAACGAUGACGUUGCGAUGAAAACUAACCUUAACUGCAAAUAUUUGUAUGAGGAACGUUUUCCUCCUUUUUGUUUCUUUAUUUCCUUUUUGAUUUUUUUGGGACUUGCGAGAACUUUUCUCUCCUCGGUGUCUCCGUGUGUUACCGUCAGUGUUAACAGUUUACAGUGUCCGUCUGUUUGUCAGUCUAGGAGUCCAUUUAUCUAUUGUUUUUUUUCACUUUGUUUAAAAUUUCUUCACUUCAUUGCGGCCAUCCCUCCUUGCGUUGUCAGCCCUCAAACACUCAACUGUAGCAAAACCUUAUUCGUGCACGAAAAGGUGUCAAAAGUGUUUGUCGGAGUUUUCACUGCCCCGGUACACGUGGACUCAGCCUCCAUAUUGCUUGACUUGGCCUGAAUUCCUCCCUGCAGCAGGCUGCCCGUCUUGGCGAGGCCACCUGGCGCUUAAUUCACUCAGCAGUGACAUCAUGACUUCGUCUAAAAAGCUGGCACCGCCGCUGCUCCCGAGAGGUGAAAAUGCUAACUUGCUUUCCACAACCGGACCGCCUACUCGUAUUACGACGAAACUUCCUGGCAAAACAAAUAAAACAAACCCUGUCUGUUGUUGUUUCUGUUCCUGGGAGCAGGAGUCAUUCGCCAGCUUAGCGAAAGGUUCCCAUAAAGAAAGGGGUGUUUUAUGAAGGUUGGGAGUUCGCCUUGGCGCUGGCGAGCUCCACUUGGCCCGGUCGUUGAAAUUGAUUGCAAUCUAACUAAGAGGCUCUGGGCUCCAGACUGUACACAUGCCAACGUUUGGCUUGGUGGGCAGAGAGCCGAGCCGGAGUCUGGCUGCACUAACACUGAACAAAGUCAUUUAGGAACUUAAACGUCCUCUCUUUUUUUCUUUCUUCCCCUCCCUCCCUCUGCUCCACUCGUCCAUUUCUUCUCAUUCUUUAAUCAAUCAUCCUGUCUGCGUCCUGAUCCACCUUCACCCUGCCUUCCCCCCCGCCUCUCUCUCCCUCCAUCUCUGAUCGAUGUCUGAUUCUCAUGCUGGUCUCUCUCUCUUGUUCAGGAGUCCACGUAAACGUACAGUAGAAGUAGAGCCUGUAGGUUUGUUCGCGUGUGCUGAUGGUCCUUCACGACACUUUUCCUGGAGUGUUUCUAAGAGGAGUCCAUUUGCUGUCGUCAGUCUACCCGUAGACAGUUACAUGUGUGAUAGUUUUUGUACAACCUUUUAUUUUGGGAAUGUUCAGGGAUUGUGCUUUCCGUACCUUUCCUCGCAUUUUUUGCUAAACCUAGCUGGCUAGCUGCUUUGAAAACAAGCAGCCUAGCUAGUGCAUCUAUAAGCUAGCUAUACUUCAAAGGGUAAAGUGACCUGACGCAGGGUCCAGCUGUUGUUUUCUUUUCUUUACUAUGAAGCUGACGCUGUUGUACGCUCGGCUGUACCGCUGUUUGAAUCCUGCUGGAGGCUGUUUGGACGAGAACCAGACAGCUUCAAACAAACUAAGAUGAAUAUUUGAACACAUUCAGAGCGGUGCUUACCCUGUUGUUUGCUCUGUGACAGCUUGUCACAGCACUCAUGUCUGCAGACCAGAGGACAGGCCUUGUCUCAGAGGGUUUCUUGUCUCCUUUGAUGAGUAAUCUUUGAUUUGUAUUUAACCCCAGUCUAAUCCUGCGAAUGGAGAAAAAGGAAUACCUGCCUCUUACUCAACAAAGUGUAGUGUCUUUUUCAAAACUAAUGGACCUGUAUUUGCCUGUAACUUAUCGUCCUGUCCUUCGUCUUAGUUAAUGUGCUAGCAUGUAGCUUGCAUGAGAAACGGUUGGAAAUGUAGAUAGCGUUGGAAGAUUAGAAGUGCCGACAAGCUUCCUCUCCUGAGACAAGAGUGGCGGUCUGCCCGGCUGACCUCCCUGCUGUUCUCUGAUCUGCAAACAGAAGGCCAUGACCCAGUUAGACCCACGUGUGCAGCCCUCAGUGCUCAGAAUAACACUGAGAAAAGUGACGAAGAAGAAGAAGUAGGACUGCUUCCUCCCAGCCAACCCGCCGCUGCAUCGCACCACGUAGGGGUAAAGCGGCGUUAAAUUGGGACACGGAGUGGGUCUAAUUCAUAUUUCAUUGCAUCAGUGCGGUAUCGACGAGCUGUCAUCAGAUGCUUGAAGACAGCAGCGUGUUUCCCCCAUAAUUCAGUCAGUCCGAGCUGUCCUGCCCCAACACUUAACCUUCACCACCUCCUCUUCGGGCAGUCGCACACCACCUGCCACUCAUCUCUUCUUUUUGUAGUGUAAACAAAUCGAUUUUUAAAUUAUGUUUCUAAAAGGUGUGCAUAAUCUUCAGCGUUUUACUUUCAGUUCGAUUGAUAAUCUUCCUUUUUUUUUUAUUAGAUUUCCCAAAAACUUGAAGUUAGCUGUUUUACUUUGCCGUGUUUGAUUGUUUCAACAACCAUUUUUAUAUAAUUUCAUGUAUAUAGUGUUGCCUUUACUGGAUACAAGCGCACUCAUACACACUUUGCACACACACUUUGGGUACAGACGCAUCCACACACAUAUCUGGAUAUGCACGCAGGCAUGAUGUCUGUGACUAUGGUGUAUUUGUACAUAUGUGUGUGUAUGUGUGUUUGUGUAUGAGUGUGAGGUGCGUAUUAAUUGACCCAAACAGACUCCGGAGACACUCUUUACAUGUGAUCAAUCCACGCUAAUUUUAUUUCGAUGACUAAAAUCUUUGUUUCGAGGAUCAUUAUUUUGGAUGAAAAGUCUUCCUUUUGAAUAAAUAUCCAUAUCACAUGAGUGCUGUCAUGUAUGUUGAUUUGUACUAUGGCUGAUGAUGUCAUCAAGGCGAAACCCAACCGCAUGCUGUGGUGGGUGUACGUCUGUUGGCUGUUACGUUCAUACAGACUUUGUCUCAUUUUGUUUUAUUUUUGGUUCAAAUACCGGUUCAGUUGUUGACUUCAAUAAACAUGCAUUUGGGUUAAUUUCA